AUGGAUCGCAUACUCGAGCUUGUGAAAGAUGCGCCCGAGGUGUCGACGGAGACGGUCUACUGGAUGAUUGAUCAUGCGUGUCGGGUGGAUAAGUUGAGUUUCAAGGCCGUGUCGAUACUGCUCGGAAUCCUCGCGAUAUUGGCGUCCAUAGCGCGAUUGGUUUUUCGAUAUCGAAGCGCGCAAACGCUGAACCUUGAGGACUACUUCAUACUCUUCGCGACGACAUGCUUGAUCGCUGAAACGGGCUUGCUUCUUUCCUACACCGGAACGAUAUAUCGGAUCGAUGGCGCCACACUCAACGUGUCUGUUCUUAAGUUUCUUACUGGCGAUCCCGAACUGAGCAAAGAGCUAUUCAACAGCGGUCCUUCGGUUUUGAUCGCAUACCUUACUUUAGGUUGGUUGGCCAUCUUUGCGGUCAAGUGCAGCUUCCUGGCGCUAUUUUAUAAGAUGUGCAGGAAUGUCAGCCGAAAGCUCAGAGCAUACUUCUGGGUGACCGUGGCUGCGACGGGAACCAGCUGCAUCGUCGUGAUCUUGGAGAGCUUCAUAUUGUGCCCGCGCUUCGGCGCAGAUGCGACACAAUGUUUCUUGGAGAACCAAUAUACGUUCAGCAUAAGUUCCGGCGUGGUGGUGCAGUCAUUGGACAUUGCCACCGAUCUGAUGAUUAUCAGUAUCCCUCUGACGCUACUAAAGAUGUCGCACCUCAAACUCCAGAACAAGAUGCGCAUAGCGACCGUCCUGUGUCUCUCAAGUAUAUGCGUCAUUCUCAGCAUCAUACGCCUCGCCGCCGGAAUGCACCGCAACGUAUUCGGAAACUGGCAGUUCGGAAUGGCCUGGCUAAGCUUCAUGUUGCACUGCGAGGCUUCGGUCGCCGUCAUGGCAGGGUCCAUCCCAGCAUUGCGUGCGUUCUACACGUCCCGCCGUAGCCGCAACCCCCCGAUCCAAAGCGAAAAGCAGAACGAGAAGCUUCCGAAAAACUUGAAAGGCAAAGCUUUGCGGGUCCUUGGUUCGAUGCGAAAGAAAGAACAGCCAGUACUGCCGCGAUACGAGCAAGUGCAACCGAGAGCAUCGAUAGCAAAAUGGCGGCAGUCUAUCGUGGGUAUCAUUCCACGGAGACCGAUGACCUACAGAGGAGGAAACCUGAAUGUCGUCGGCGCGGAUGGCCAGCGAUACUCAGCAGCAGAAAGUGUGAUGGUACACCCUACGCUAGCAUACCACAAUAUCAGGAAACAGGAGCUACAAAGGGACGGUAUAAGGGCGAAGCGGGAGACCAUCCUUUGGAGUGAUUUCGCGAGAUCUAAGUACGCAUCGGUGGAUAUGAGCGAGGCGGAAUCGCAGAGCGGAACCAUAAUAUCAUCAGUGGCUAGUAGCCCGGACUUGAAAGGUAGCGAGCUGGCGUUUCCUGCAAGGACAAUGUCGGCGAGGAAAAUCGACUACUUCCUUGAUUCGCAGUUCGGUCGGAUCACUGCGGGAAGGCGCGGUUGA